AUGAACGGACAUUGUUGCAAGCGGCCACAAUUCUCCUCUUCGUUCGAGUUUAUCCAGAAAGGAGACAGCGCCGAAUCCAUCACCACUGUGUCUAGUCAGAGCAUCUUUCUGUUAUCCGAAUGUCUACCUCGAAGUAUGGAGUUUAACGUUUUCACUAUGGUUCGGUUGGGUCGACCAGCAACUCUUACUUUGAUACUGUGCACUGUUGGAAUGGAGUUUCGUCUCAAUAAGACUCCUCUGUAA